AUGACUAGUAUCUGCAUAUAUAUAAUAUAUGGUAUUCAAAGUCAAGUGGCGUUAUAUAAUCUGAACGCUGAAAUAAAAGUUAUAGAAUCUGACUAAACGAUGAAGCUGGUGAUCCUAUCGUUCUUGCUCCUUCUCCCAAUGUUUUCAUCAGGGCUCGUUGAGACUUCACAUCUGGGUGACAGCCACUACGAGGUUGUGACGAAUAAAGGAAGGGUCGAUCUUGAAAUGGACUAUGAGGACCCGCAUCCACGUCCUCCAAGAUCGUCCGACCCGCCACCUAAUCCUCAUAGCAACAAAAAAAACAGUACAUCUUAAGGAACAAAGUUAAAGAGUACAAGGAACGUCGUUAUAUAAGGUUAAAAUCAUGUUAUAGCUCAAACAAGUCGAAUAAUAUUUACUUCACAUAAUCACAUUUUAUUCAUAGGGAUCAAGUUCUCAAGGAACCUCGUUGUAUAAGAUUUACUAAUAUUUGAUUAAAUGUAAAAAGGAAAAACCGUAACAAAACUAUUUUGCUUCGGUUUUAGUUUGGCUCUAUAAAAGUUAAAUUGGUUUUAUAUAUUUUAAGAA